AUGGCAGCUCCGUCAGGUCAAACAACCCAGCGCCUUCUGCGCGAGCUCAAAGACUAUGCCAAGUCGCCCAAUGAAGCUCUCCUCCACCUCGGUCCUGUUGAUGAGGAGGACUUGCUCCGCUGGGAGGCGGUCCUAAAGGGCGUGAAUGGAUCUCCCUACGCAGGCGGCCUCUGGCAUCUCCGCAUCGCCAUCCCACAUAACUAUCCACUUGCGCCACCCACUAUCAACUUUACCACCCGAAUCUCCCACCCUAAUAUCUCCUUUACGACCGGCGAGAUCUGCUUGACACUUCUCACCACCGAACACUGGAGCCCCGUUUAUACGCUUUCCUCAACCCUCACCGCCAUUCAACAGCUGCUGACGGACCCGCAGCCCGACUCCCCAUUAAAUGUAGAUGUUGCGGCGUUACUCCGAGAUGGUGACAUUCCCGCUUGGGAGAGUGUGGUUCGCUAUUGGACGAGUGAGGAGCGAUGGCAGGGGGCUGAGAGUUUAGCUCACUGA